GUGCUUGGCCGGUCGUCAAAGUUCAAAAUGGCUGCCGAGAAGUCGGACGAUUCUGACGAGAUGGUUGAGGUAUCCGAACAGGGGUGGAGCCCGAGCGAGGAGGAAUCAGCCUGCCAAGCUCUCGCCCUGGUGGAAGACUCGCAGGAGAAAAUGGAGCCCAGCAAGAUGGCGCCUCCCAAGAACGCUCCUAGAGAUGCAUUGGUGAUGGCACAGAUCCUGAAGGAUAUGGGGAUCACUGAGUAUGAGCCAAGGGUCAUAAAUCAAAUGUUGGAAUUUGCUUUCCGCUAUGUGACUACAAUUCUGGAUGAUGCAAAAAUUUAUUCAAGUCAUGCUAAGAAACCUACUGUUGAUGCAGACGAUGUGAGACUGGCAAUCCAAUGCCGGGCUGACCAGUCCUUUACCUCUCCUCCUCCACGAGAUUUUUUACUAGAUAUUGCAAGGCAGAAAAAUCAAACUCCUUUGCCACUGAUUAAGCCAUAUGCAGGACCUAGACUGCCACCUGAUAGAUACUGCCUAACAGCUCCAAACUAUAGGCUGAAGUCCUUAAUUAAAAAGGGACCUAACCAAGGAAGACUAGUGCCUAGAUUAGGUGUUGGUGGUGGUAGUAGCAGACCUGCUACUCCUAAUGUAGCACCCCCACAAGCAGUAUCUGUUCCAAAUAAAGUUCCAACUCCAGUGUCAGUGACAAGCCAAAGAUUUGCAGUGCAGAUUCCACCUUCUCAGUCCGCACCUGCCAAACCAGCUCCGGCCACAACUACAGUCCAAAAUGUUCUGAUUAAUCCUUCAAUGAUUGGGUCCAAAAAUAUUCUCAUCACUACCAACAUGGUUUCCUCACAGAAUACAGGCAGUGACUCAAACCCACUGAAGAGGAAGCAUGAUGAUGACGAUGACGAUGACACGAUGUAAAGAAUAAAGUCUGUUCCACAGUUAUUUUAGUGCGUUUGGGCCCACAUGGUAGACUGAACAGCCUAGGUCUUAAGUUUUAUCUUAGAAAUAUAGUAGCGGUAUUUUUCACAUUAGAUACACGAUAGGUUUCAUUAAGUACAAAUAUUUUCUCAGUAUGCUUCAGAUAUACAAGUCCUUGUUUCUAGACAGCUUUAGUCUCACCAUUUUAUUUUUAGAAGCAGUUUUGUGCCAUGUCACUGACAGCAGAACUUAGAUUCCAGUUCCUGGUCUCAUUUACAUUUAAGCAUGACUUUGUUAGGUCAACUAUUCACACUGUCACCUUUGCGACCAAAUCUCUCAAUCUAGUAAACUUUUUGGAAACAGUGGAUUUAGAAGGGUGCUAAAUCCAUUUUGAAUGUAUUUGGGUUUGGUCUUUUCUAAUUCCCCGCCUCAGCUGCCUAUCUAGAUGCCAUUCAGUUUCUGUUCGCACCUCCCAUCGCCUUCCGUCACUUGCCAUGGCACUUAAAUAGAAGACUGUAACUGGAAUUUGUAAAACACCUAGCAUUUUGUCGUUCACUUGAACCUGGGCGUCUGCAUUUGCUUUUUCACUCCCGAACAGAGCAGGCGGUCUCAGCCCUUCCCUUCUUUGCCUGUUAGCUUAACUCACUGACAUCAGUUCCAUUCAGUUGCAUUCCAACUUGAUAGCCUCACCAUCUUUCAUGUUUAUAAUUUAACAGAUAUAAUGUAAAAGCUGCCUUGGUAAGUAAUUUACACUGGACCUAGAUAAAACCACUGAAAUUAAGUGUUUUUGUUGUUUCUUUAUUCUUCCCACCUGCAUACAUGCUUUGAUCACUACUGAUUGAACCAGUCUAUUGGUUUCAUUCAGAUCAAUCUUGCUACUGAGGACGUCACACAUAAGAUCAAGCCUGAAACUAGAGUCUCAUGAUUCUCCUUCCCCAUAAGGCCAACAGGGAAAACAGAUUAGUGUCACCUGACUCCAUUCCCAACCAUGUUUCUAAACACUUUCUAUCUUGUUUUUAUACAUACCUACAAGACACACUGGGGAAGACUGCAAGGCUUUUGAGUAUAAAAAACACUGAUUUGCCAAUACUGGAAAAAUGUAAACACAAGUUCCCAAAACCUCCAUAUUAAUUAGAUUUUAUAGCCAUGGGUCAUCAAACUUACUAAGUAUCGGCACAGGAUGGUGUUUGACACAACAGUACAGUAACAAGACAGCAAUGUCUCGUCCCGGUUUGUAUGUUUAGGAAUGUUACGGAAGGCUGAGCUGAUCAGUAUCACAAGAGAAAUGUGCACUCUACAGCACUCAUGUCACUACUUGAAUGUUCUCAGGGAGGCAGAAUAUUCAGCGGCCUGGCUUCUACUACUAGUUUCAUUACCAAACAUGUGACCUUACUUUACCUCUGAGCCUUGUUCACUAGUAAUGGGAAAUACCACCUACCCUGCCUACCUCACAGGGAUAUUGUGAGGGUUUAGCUGGUGUGAGAGAAAGUUCUCAAGAUUGUAAAAACUAUAAGUAAUUAUUAAUGUAUUUGUUGCAAAAUUAUUAAUAAAAAUUUAACUUUA